GAUCUCUUGAGGGGAAUUCCCCUGGUGCUGGCAGACUUCCUAGAGCAGAUCCAUCUUCCAGAUCCUGAUCUGACAAAUGCUGGCGCUCGGCCGGAGGACGCACCGAGGCUGGUAAUAGCUGCUUUGCAGAAGCUCCAGACUGCGGUGUCCAAGCGUGAGGAGGAGUUGAAAGCAGCUAACGAGAAGAUCGCCGAGUUGUGCAAGUACGGUGCCAAACGCGAUGAGGAUGUGCAGCGUGAAGCCUAUGAUGCCCUGCGAGUGGAGCUGCUGGACGUCUCCAAGCGUUGUGCUGACGCAGAAGCCAAGCUGCGCGAGCUCGGUGUGGAGGAGACCAAAGCAGCAGGUACAAGCCUCAUCACCAAGAUGUCCAUGCUAAUCUACCAGCUCCAGGUCUCUGUGAUCUCCGGAACUGGGCUGCGAACAAAGGCCUGGCGGCCUGGACCAGAAGCCGAAGCGCUGUCUUGCAUCUUGUCUACGACCUCCGGAGUGCGAGCCAGCAAAGCCGAGCCCUGCUGCGAACAAGACUCUGCAUGUCGUGUUCGAACGCGAAGGUAUCGUGGAAGUGGUGGGCAAGGCCAGUUAGUGGGCAGCUGCAAAAAAGAUGUUUGUGCUGCCAAAGUCAUUGCUAGUGAUGCACUUAUUCAACCUUGUGCAGUUUUUGGCGAUUCAUUUCAAGCAUUGCACUGGUAUAUUGUCGCCAUGAAGACCCAUAAAGUUGCAGCGGGUACUCUGGUGCCAGUCACUGUAGGAAGCCAAGUUCGAGACCAAGCCUGUGCGGGACUCCAAGAAUCCAGCGUGGAAUCACAGCGGCGAGCUGCAGAUGUCGCACAGCGCCUUGCCUCGCUGUGGAUGCCUGCAACCAAGCGAAGCUGCUCUGAAGUCGAUGGUGGAGACAUCUGCUAUCUUCUUCAUAUGCAUGUGCCAACGGGUGUGUUUUGCAUUACUGAUCUCAUUUGA